CAUCAUGUUGCGAUCAAGCCUCCUUACCGUUGCGGCAGUCUUGUCCAACAUCGCGCAUGGCGCACUCACUUACAAGGGAGCUGAUAUCAGCUCUCUCAUAAUGCUAGAGAAUCAAGGAAAGACCUUCAAGACAACUGCUGGAGUCACUCAGCCUCUAGAAUGUAUGUUGACAAUGCACUAUACUUCUGGAGCCAAUUCGGUCCGUCAAAGGGUUUGGGUCAACCCUACCGACGGCAACUACAAUCUUGAUUACAAUGUCAAGCUCUCGAAGCGUGUCGUCAACCAAGGCAUGAGUGUCUAUCUCGACUUCCACUAUUCGGACACCUGGGCGGAUCCCUCCCACCAGACAACUCCGGCCAAGUGGGAUGACAGCACCAUCGGUCAGCUCAAGUGGACAGUAUACAACUACACGUUGGCAGUAUGCAAUCGCUAUGCAGCUGAAGGCAUCAACCCAGCCAUUGUAUCGAUCGGUAACGAGAUCAGGGCUGGUUUGUUGUGGCCUUUGGGAGGCACAAGCUCUUACUACAAUAUUGCCGACAUUCUUCACUCUGCUUCGUCUGCCAUCAAAGAUUCCAAGCUCUCCAAGAAGCCUCAAAUCAUGAUCCACCUCGACAACGGCUGGGACUCUGGCACCCAGCUCUGGUGGUACAAAAACAUUCUUGGCCAAGGACCUCUCAAGUCGAGUGACUUUGACAUGAUUGGUGUUAGCUACUACCCCUUCUACAAUGAGAAGGCAUACCUCGGCAGCUUGGAGUAUUCGCUACAGCAACUCGCAUCCACAUAUAGCAAGAAGUUGGUCGUUGCCGAGACCAAUUGGCCUGCAAAGUGUAGCAAGCCUGCGUACAAGUUUCCUUCUGAUGCUACCUACAUACCAUUCUCGUCGGCUGGACAGGAGGAAUGGAUCGAGGCUGUUGGAAAGAUUGUGGCCGGCGUAAGCGGUGGAGCCGGUCUUUACUACUGGGAGCCAGCUUUCUUGGGUAAUGCAGGAUUGGGAUCGAGCUGUGAGGACAACCUGCUGGUUGAUGGCAACGGCAAAGCGACAGUCGGCAUGUCUGCUUUCAAGAACAUU